AAAGAAAGAGAUUGGGGUAGACAUCAUCAUAAACAACAAGAAGAAAAAAGCUACAACUGAACUUUAGACUAGUCGAUCAACUAAGUGGGAGCUGUUGGUUUAAGAUUUGUGCAAAAUAAAUUGUAAUAUUUAGUAAAAAAUGUCGAAAUUGGUUAAAUAUUAUUUUGAUUUAAUGUCCCAACCCUCCCGGGCUCUAUGGAUAGCCUUGAAAAUGGGUAAUACACCAUUUGAAGAGUGUCCAGUGGCCUUAAGAAAAAGAGAACAACUUACGGAGGAAUAUAAAAAAGUUAAUCGUUUCCAAAAGGUACCAGCUUUAGUAGAUGGUGAUUUUCAUCUCUCAGAAUCGGUGGCUAUGAUCAGAUAUUUAGCCGAUAAAGGUUUAUUUAGCCCUGAACUCUAUCCCAAAGAUUUGCAAAAUCGUGCCCGAGUUGAUGAGUUUUUGGAAUGGCAGCAUUUGACAUUACGUGCCGGCUGUGGUACGUAUUUUAUGCGCUGUUGGCUUUUGCCCAUGAAUGGUUUGGCUCAUAUGCCUUCUCAGGAGGGUAUAUAUAAGUUGAUUAAAGAAAUGGAAAACAAUAUAAAAUUGGUAGAGAAAAUCUGGUUAAAGGAUGCCGAUUUUGUAAGUGGUAAAAAGUUAACUGUGGCCGAUUUGAUGGGGGCCUGUGAAAUUGAGCAAACUAAGCUUUGCAAAUAUGAUGUUACGAAAAAGUUCCCCAGAAUUUCAGAUUGGUUGGCUAGGGUGCGUGAGGAAACGAAUCCCCACUACGAUGAAGCUCACAAGUUUAUUAACAAAAAGUCGGGCUUGUAAAUAUUUACAUAGUAGCCUUUUUAAUGGGCUAUAUAUUAUUUUAAAGACUUAAAUAUUUGUUAAACAAAUUCUAUUUUAAAACAACAAUGCAUUUCUUAAUUUUUAAUUUAAUUUUGUUGUAUAUUUUUUGUUUUUUCAAAAAAAAAAAAAAAAAAAAAAUAUUUGUUUGAAAAUUUUAAUUUUUAAUAAAAAAUAUGUUAAAUUUUCC